AUCAACGAGCGCGACGCGUGGAGCCUCGAGCCGGGGGGGAAGUACUUCUUCACGCGGAAUAUGUCCGCGGUGUGCGCGUUCGCGGUCGGCGGCGCGUACGCCCCAGGCUCCGGGUUCAUCGUCAUCGGCGCGCACACGGACUCGCCGUGCCCCAAGCUGAAGCCGCAGACGAAGUUGACGAGCGCGGACUUCCUUCAGGCGCGUUCUGUCCGGACGCAAAACUACGGCGGCGGGCUGUGGUACACGUGGUUCGAUCGCGACCUGGGCGUCGCCGGGCGCGUGCUGGUGCGCGAGAAGGGCGGCGCCGCGCGGCACGCGGUCGUCAAAGUGGACCGACCCGUGAUGCGCAUCCCUUCGCUCGCGAUCCACCUCGACCGGUCCCUGAACGAGGGGUUCAAGGUGAACUUCCAGAGCCACAUGGCGCCGGUGAUCGCGAGCGCGGUCGAGGAGGCGUUAGGACACGGCGGCGGCGGCGCGACGGUUGACGAUUCAUCUUCCCCCGCGGCGAAGAAGGCGAAGGGCGAAAAGCACCACCCGGUUCUCCUCGACCUCCUGGCGGACGAGCUCGAGUGCGACGCGGACGACAUCCUGGACUUCGAGCUGCAGCUGUGCGACGUCCAGCCGUCCGCGAUCGGCGGCGCGCGAAAAGAGUUCAUAUUCUCCGGCCGCCUCGACAACCUCGUCUCGUGCUUCGCGUCGCUCCGAGCGUUGAUCGACGCCAGCGGCGACGCGAAAUCGUCGGUCCCUCGCAUGGGCGUGCGGAUGAUGGUGCACUACGACCACGAGGAGGUCGGCAGCGACAGCGCGCAGGGCGCGGGGUCGUCCAUGACCGAGGACGCGAUGCGUCGCAUCACGACGUCGCUCUCCGCGGGAAUGGCAGCGGGCCCCGGUGAAGAAGGCGUGGAGGAACGCGCGCGUCGAAAAUCCUUCGUCGUCUCCGCGGAUAUGGCGCACGCGGUGCACCCCAACUACGCGGACAAGCACGAACCCGGGCACAAGCCAAAGUUCGGCGCGGGCGUCGUCGUGAAGCACAACGCGAACCAGCGGUACGCCACCGACGCCGUGAGCUCGUACUUGUUCAAAGAGAUCGGCGAGAGGGCCGGGCUGCCCGUGCAAGAGUUUGUCGUUCGCAGCGACCUCGGGUGCGGAUCCACGAUCGGCCCGACGCUGUCCACGAACACCGGGAUACGAACCGUGGACGUCGGCGCCGCGCAGCUGAGCAUGCACAGCGUCCGCGAGAUGUGCGGCGCGAAAGACGUGGAGCACGCGGUGAAGCACUUCACCGCGGUGUACGAGGGGUUCACGGCGUUGGACGCGACGCUGAUGGUGGAC